UUUCAAAUCACAAAUUCAUUCAUUUCCAAUUUUAUAUUUCAUUCAUUACAAUUCGUCAACAAAAAGUCAAUCCACUCCAGAAAGUUGAAUUGUCAUCUUGUACACGUAUUUUGAUAUAUAUAAAUAUUGUAAUGUGUGAAAUUUAUUGAUUCUAUAAAAAUAUAAUCUAUUUUACUUGUGAUAUAAAUUUUGAAGAUGAGUGAAGGAGAAAAGCCUAUGGUGGACAAGUCGGAGAGUAGCUCAUUCGAGGACCUAGCAUCUGCGGCGGCUCAUGAAAUCGAAGAAGCGAAGUUAGCAGAAGCGGCUGCUGCGGAGAAAGAAAAGUCAGCCGAGACGCAAAAAGACGAAUGGCAAGAUCUUUUAGGAUCUGGUGCACUUCUUAAAAAGAUUAUAAAGUCAGGCGAUGAUUCCGAAGGUUUGAGACCACAUAGAGGCGACAUUUGCAGAAUCAGUUACGAAAUUAAAAUCAAGGAUAGUAAUGAAGAUUAUUUUGAAAAGAGAGAUCAUGUCAAAAUAUACCUAGGUGAUAAUGAGGUUCUUCAAGGUCUAGAUCUAGCUCUGACACUUAUGUACAAAGGGGAAGCAUGUCACCUUCACAUGGCUCCUCGUUUUGGCUAUGGAGAGUCUGGUUUGAAGCCCGGAGAGAGCUUGGGUUUGAUAGGCGAAGCUGACGGACCAAAGUAUAAUGGUUCUGUCAUAGGACCUGAUACUUGGCUGGAGGCUAAGCUGGAACUGCAUGACUGGUCUGAGGAGCCAGAACACGAGACUCUGUCUAUAGCGGAGAGGAUGGAAAUAGGUAUUCGUCGUCGUACCCGUGGCAACUGGUGGUAUGGUCGUGGGGAGCCUCAAUUAGCGAUACAAUUGUACCGGCGAGCGCUGGACGUGCUGGAUGAGAGUGAGGGUGGUAUUACUGAUCCCACACCCUCCGGAGAGCUGGCACAAACGUCUGACGCACUGCAGGAACUGCUGGAGGAACGCCUCAGAGUUCAUAACAACAUGGCCGCUGCACAAUUAAAAGCUGGAGCUUUUGAUGCUGCACUACAGGCGGUGACGCGCGUGCUGGCGUGCCAG